UAAAAUGCUAAUCCUUUCAGGUGCAGAUCUAUAUAAAACAUUGGGGAUUAAAGUGUGCACAGAAAUCUCAAUCUCUUCCGCUACAUAAGUUCUCUCCUCUCCAGCCGGCUCCAAUUAUGGAUGUGUGUCUGAGCUCCGAGCAGCAGCCCGGGCACCUGAACGAAGGACCGAGCACCCCAGAUGGCUGGUUAGAGGCGAAGGAGGAGGGGGUGCUCCACGAAGAUGGCACCGGCGGACCCCCAGGAGAGUCUAACAAGAUAGAACCAUCUCUUCAGAGUCUCCAGAAAUUUGUUCCUACUGAUUAUGCCAGCUACACUCAGGAGCACUAUCUGUUUGCAGGCAAGAAGAUUGUCAUUCAAGAAUCGAUAGAGAGUUACGGAGCGGUGGUGUGGCCAGGGGCAACGGCUCUGUGUCAGUAUUUGGAGGAACACACAGAGGAACUGAAUCUCCAAGAUGCUAAAAUACUUGAAAUUGGUGCUGGACCAGGCCUUGUUUCCAUUGUGGCCAGUAUUUUAGGAGCUCAAGUCACAGCAACGGAUUUGCCUGAUGUCCUAGGAAACCUUCAAUACAAUCUUUUAAAGAACACACUAAAAUGUACAGCACAUCUGCCUGAAGUGAAAGAACUGGUGUGGGGAGAGGGCUUGGAACAAAACUUCCCCAAGUCAAGUUUUUAUUACGAUUACGUUCUGGCCUCUGACGUGGUCUACCACCAUUACUUCCUGGACAAGCUGCUCACCACCAUGGUGUACCUUUGUCAGCCAGGGACGGUGUUGCUUUGGGCAAACAAGUUCAGAUUCAGCACCGAUUAUGAAUUUUUAGAUAAAUUCAAGCAAGUUUUUGAUACAACACUCUUGGCCGAAUUUCCAGAGGCAUCAGUCAAACUUUUUAAAGGAACACUAAGAUGGGACUAAAUUAAACAAAUGUCUCUCAAAACAUUAGUGUGUCUUUUGAGCAGUGUUAGAAAUUGUAUUGUUAAUAAAAGACUUCUUUUAUAAGAUUGAGAAGAUAGUGCAUAAAAAUAACUCAUAUGCCUAGAAUAGAUAUAACUCAGUAUCACAGCCGCUUUCCAGACUAACCUAUUUAAGAUUAUCUGGUUCAUCUAAACAUUCGGAAAGAAUAACAUGAAAACAGAAAAGUAGCUUUGUUGGCUUCCAAAAGUUUAAUAAAUUUGACAAGAAUAAAUUAAUACACAAGUGGG